GGUUAAGGGUUAACCUGUCUAUGGGGUUAACAGAGGUGAAGAACUGGAGUCGAUAAAAGGUGGUAUGAAGGCUCACAGCAGUAGAGUCGGAGUGUUUGUCCGAAUCAGACCAACGGCACACUUCUCUCAAGACCACAUUGAAUGUCUUCCUGACGGACAGACAGUGAACAUCCAUCACAGAAAAGACUCAAGGAAGCCCCAGGACUCCACGAAAAAUCAGCUGAGUUCCUGGUCAUUCCGGCUGGCAGGCAUCCUGCAGAAUGUAUCCCAGGAGGAGUUGUACGCCAGAGUGUGUAGGCGGGUGGUACUGGGAGCACUGGAUGGCUAUAAUGGUACUUUAAUGUGUUUUGGGCAGACAGGUGCAGGAAAGACUUACACCAUGACAGGAUCCACUGAAUCGUACAAGCAAAGAGGCAUCAUUCCUCGGGCCCUUCAGGAGGUGUUUCAGGAGAUGGACAAAAGGACUGAGUAUACCUUCUCUGUGCACCUGUCCUACCUGGAGAUCUACAAUGAGACCCUGGUGGACCUGCUGUCAUCGCUGCAAGGUUCACCACAACUGUCUCCUCGUGGCAUGGUGGUGGUGGAGGAGCCAGGCAGAGGGGUGUUCAUCAGGGGUCUGUCUCUUCACCCUGUCCACAGCGAGGAGGAGGCUCUCAACCUGCUGUUUGAGGGUGAGAUGAAUCGAAUUAUUGGAUCUCAUGCCUUGAACAGAAGCUCCUCCAGGUCCCACUGUAUCUUCACUGUGCAUAUAGAGUCUCACUCACGGACUUUGUCUGUUGCCAAGUAUGUCACUUCCAAGCUCAAUCUGGUGGAUUUGGCCGGGUCAGAGAGGCUGGGAAAGACCUGGUCAGAGGGUCAGAUGUUAAAAGAAGCCAUGUACAUCAACAAGUCGUUGUCUUUCCUGGAACAGGCCAUCCUGGCUCUGGCAGACCGUCGCAGAGACCAUGUUCCUUUCAGACAGAGUAAACUCACUCAUGCCCUCAAGGACUCACUGGGAGGGAACUGCAACACUGUGCUUGUGGCCAACAUCUAUGGUGAGGCUGCACAGAUAGAAGAAACACUCUCUACACUGCGUUUUGCCAGCAGAAUGAUGUGCGUCAGGACAAACCCUGCUGUUAAUGAACACAUGGAUCCAGCAGCUCAGAUCAAGAAACUUCAGAAGGAUUUACACAUGCUGAAAGAGGAACUGUCCUUCUACAAUACAUUGGUGAACCGUCCGAGAAUUAUGUACGAGCCGUUGUCUGAAGCCCAGCUGGCUGAGAUCCACAGCCAGGUUCAGAGGUACCUAAAGGGAAGCCUGGAGGAAAUCAGUAUCAUAAGUAUCAGGCAGGUCCAAGCAGUGUUUGCCCAGUUCAAGCUAGCUGUGCAGGAACAGGAACAGAAGGUGAAGGCACAGCUUUGCCAGACAUUCAACUUAAUGGAGAAAGACCAAAGUGCUAACACAGCUGCUAUCAAGGAGUGGGAUACCAGAGACAGCACUGAGGAUGUGGAGGCACUUCGCUCAAGUUCGACCAAAGCCAACACUAAAAUGUCUAGGGACAAACAGAGCCAAAGCAAGAGACAGGGAGAGGGGAGUCCAGUUUCAAGGAAGCGUUUGGAGAGUGCCUCCAAAUCAAAGCUGAAUUCUGUCCAGAUGCCUGAGAGGGAACAGGAAUCACAAGAACCAGACACAGAGAGCCAGGACUCGCAGGAAUCAAAACCGCCUGGCAAUGAACCCUUUAACCCUGACUCUACUCCAUCCAAAGCAGAAGCCUUUGAGGAUUUUAAAGUGGGACGAGGCAGCAAGAUCAACCGCAUCCUUAAGGAGAACAAGGCUGUGUUGCUGGAACGCUGCAGUCUUCUUCGACAGCUCACUGAGGAGGUCAAUGCUGUCAAGAGAGAGAUCGACUGCAUCACAGCAACCAUACAGCAGCAUGAGACGAGAGGAGGUCAAGGUCACUAUAUGGUUAUGGAGGGGGAGCCAGUGCUGCAGGAACCAGAUGGCACUUCAUUGAUGCAGCUCAGAGAGCUGAAGGCCGUGUACCGGCAGAGAUAUGAAGUUCUAUGUGGCGUCAAGGCAGAGGUCAACUACUGUCAACACCUUGUGGAUCAGUGCAGGGUGCGCCUGCUCUCUGAAUUUGAGAACUGGUAUAAGAAGUCUUUCCUGGUGCCUGAAGAGGAGCUGGACAUAACCAUAGAUAGGACCCUUGAACAAGGGGAGGAUAACCAGCGGCUUCUUCCUGACAGCCCCGAGUCCUUCUACAACGCCCGCUACAGAAUGCUGAAAAGGAGGACGGCACUGUCCUUUACUCCAGUGCAGAGGAACUCGUCUGCAAGGUCUGGACAGAGAAGACUUCCUCCUAUUCUACCGGGACACUCUCAGGGGACCCCUACGAGCUGCAAGCUGAGGACCGACCAACCAUGACCGACAUACUUUUUACUACAAUUGCACUGAACUGCGUCUUCUUUGUUAUCUGAUAUUUCUCCAGUCGACUAUAGAACUGUGAUUUGGAUUACGGUGUUCUGCAUAACUUUAUGUUACUAUAUUGUAAAUAUACACAUAACCUUUAAACACUACUUUUGUCAAUGCAUAUGCAGGAAACAUUAUGCAAACACUUACAUAUAGUGAUGUCAAUUAAAUUACGUCCGCCAAAGGGAAGAACGAUCAACCUGAGGUCACUGUGUAAACAAUCAAACCCACACAAGAUCCCACAAUCAGGAACGCUGACUAACAGUGACACAUGCGAUCACAGAUGAUUGACCCCAAAAAUUACAAGACCACUUAAGAGACAAGCUCACUCCAGGAUUGUACUGCUUCCUCUUCCAUCCCUUUUUCCACACAGAGAAAAAUAAUGUAACAUAAUUUACACAAACCUACACAAAACCUCUACCCUAAGAGCCUUUAUAACUGCUUCAAAAGCCAGAGCAUGAGAGGAGAUCUAGAGGACCUCUGCCUGAUUCGCGACACAUGCGUGAAACAAGACAGCUGAUGGAAGUGAACGUGAGAGUGGAUUAGUGUUUGUGGCCAUUUCCCCCCAGAACCAAUUCUGGUUAGUGGGAUAAAAAAAAAAAAAAAAA